AUGACUUCCCCAGUUAUAAUUCCCAGGCGUCCGGUUUUGAACCUGCCUUUCCUUCUACCGUUCUGUUCCGAAUCGACCUCGCUCUUGGUUCAAAGGAAUCAAUCAACUUAUCGUCGCUUAAAGCAACGUUUACGGAUCCGGCCUGAUGCAUCGUUUGGACACCCCCCCGCCCAAGACUAUGACCACAUCAUCUACAACCCUCCCUCAAGCGCGCCCUCCACAUAUCAGACCCCGACUAAGUUCCUCCCGCCCAACGAUGCACGGCGAAAAUUACGGUCUGAUUCCGACCUUGGUGUGUCUAGCAGCGUUGGAAACCUCCCCCUGGUGUUUAAACGGCCAUCCGCUAAGAGAGACCUUCUGAUGGCGAAAGAUAUCGAGGAGAUACGUCGGUUGCGAUUGCAAGAUCCGAUGGUCUGGAGCCGGGGAAAACUAGCCAAACGUUUCGGUUGCAGCCCCCUGUUUGUCGGGAUGGUAUGCGAAGCGAGCCCCGAAAAGAAAGCAAUUCAGAAGCAAGUGCUGGAAGCGGUUAAGUCGCGCUGGGGUGUCAAGCGAACAAUCGCACGAGAGGACCGGGAGUUGCGGAAAGAGUCUCCAAUUCGGAAGACCGGUCAGAGCGAGAGGGCGAAGUUUCAUUUCGUUAUUAGCGCACCUUUCAAUGACGACUUUUCGCCAAUUAUAACAGAGGUCUGCAAAGUAAAUUCUAUCGUUGUACUUCUGUUCUCGCUUUCCUUGCGGGCUCACGUUUGUGUUCCGCCAUAUUCCAUGUCGCGGAAAUGCGAUAGUAAUCAUGAGUCCGAGGGUGCUGCUGCGCAUUUCGGAUAG